AUGUCUCUUGAUUCUCUGUUGCUUUCGCCUUGGGCGCCCUUGGCAGUACUCUUGUGCGGACUGCUGUUCUAUAUUAUUCCCUACUUUUACACCUACAGACACCUGCGAGGAAUUCCUGGUCCGCUGCUGGCCCGCUUCUCAAACCUUUGGCUCUUGUAUAUCUGCCGCCAGUCUAAGCGUUCAUACAGUGUAUACGACCUCCACGAGCGGCUUGGGCCCGUCGUCAGGAUCCAGCCGAACCACGUUAGUAUCGUUGACGAAAGGGCCAUCAAUCUCGUAUAUGGCCAUGGGAAUGGGUUGGAAAAGUCAUCCUGGUACGAUUCUUCCAUUUCUCUCACUCGAAGCAUCUUCACGGCGAGGAAACGCGCCGAACAUGCUCGGAAGAGAAGGUAUAUCGCCCAUAGCUUCGCCCCCAAGUCGUCUCGUGCGGCCGAAGGGCCCAUCGCCGACAAAGUGGAGAUUCUGGUCCGUAAGUGGGACGACAUAAUCGACAAAGGACCGCAGUUUAAUGGGUUCACACAACUUGAAUGCAGACGAUGGUUCACAUACUUGUCGUUUGACAUCACCGGUGAUCUUCUCUUCAGCGAGCCAUUUGGAAUGCUUGAGAAUCGCUCUGAUCUGGUCAAGAUUGACAACAAGCCCGGGUCCUACGUGUCCAUGAUGAACAGUCUUGCGCAAAGGAGUGCCGCCGUCGCUACUCUUGGCGUCUUGCCCUGGCUGAAGCCGCAUGCACAUCACCUGCCUGAUCCCUUCUUCCACGGAGGAAUGGAUGGGCUGCAGAACCUGCUGGGCGUAACUUCCGCUCAUGUCAAGGAACGCAUGGCCGCAGGACAAGACAAUCAUGAUGAUUGGCUCUCACUUCUACUUCGAGCGCGUGAUGAUCAAGGGGAAUUGCUCAAAUUCGAAGAGAUUGCGUCUGAGUCCUUGACCUUGUUCAUGGCAGCCAUUGAGACCGUCAGCAACACGCUCUCUGCCAUGAUGUACUACCUCGCCACCUCAUCCUCUUCACUGCAAAAGCUGCAAGCUGAGGUGGACUCUAUCGAUAUUCCUGGAACAGUUCCUCCGUUUACGAAUGUCCGGGCUCUUCCAUAUCUAGACGCUGUGCUCAACGAGACAAUGCGUCUUCACAGUGUCCUCGGGAUAGGCCUUCCUCGAGAGGUGCUUCCCGGGUCCAAGGGAGUUCAUUUGGACUCUUUAUACUUUCCUCCUGGCACAGUUUUAAGCGUUCCAAUCUAUGCCAUUCACCGGUCUAGAGACAUCUGGGGCCAGGAUGCCAGUAAUUUUCGGCCUGAGAGAUGGGAGAAGCUGUCGAACCGCCAGAAAACAUCAUUUAUCCCAUUUGGUCAUGGUCCGGCAGCAUGCGUUGGACGUAACCUAGCAGAAGUUGAGAUGAAGAUUAUUGCGGCAACGUUGAUUAGAAGAUACCAUUUUUGUAUGGUGGAUUCUGAGAUUGAAUCUACUGAGGGAACAACACGGAAGCUUAUCAAACAAUCCCCGGGCGCAGAGGACAGGGAGGGACUUGGCUGGUAUCUUGAAAUGGCACAAAACGCUACUAUCAGUGUUAGCGCUGAUGUCGUCCCACCUCCCGCUCUAAAUGCCGCCAAACCUCAGAAGGCCGAGGUCUUUACAAGUUCCACUUAUCUUAUCGUGCCGAGGUUGAAUAAAGGUCGUCGCGAGACGCUCACGGUCGUGGAUAACAGAACAAACCAGACCUACGAGAUCCCCAUCACUCACAACUCCAUCCCAGCGACUGAAUUCAAGAAGAUCAAAGCCGAGCCUGGCAAUGAUCGUCCAGAGGAUGAGACCACGCAGGGUCUUAGGGUCUACGAUCCCGCGUACAUGAACACCGCUGUUGUGCAGAGCAAAAUCACAUACAUCAACGGCCUGGACGGCGUCCUUCGGUACCGCGGAUAUCCCAUUGAGCAGUUAGUCGAGAAGAGCAAUUUUCUCGAGUCGGCGUAUCUUCUCAUCUACGGAGACCUUCCAACUCAGGCGCAGUAUGAUGAAUGGCAGGGAGAGGUGAUGCAUCACACGUAUAUCCACAGCGAUAUCGAGAAUAUGUUCAAGUCGUUCCGCUACGACUCUCAUCCGAUGUCUAUGUUGAGCGCGGCGUUCGCUACACUGGGAGCGUUUGCUCCGGAAGCUAAUCCCUCGCUUGCAGGGCAGAAGCUCUACACCAACGCUGCGUCUGGCAACAUGGAUUCCCUCAAGAUGCUAGACAAGCAGAUUCUUCGAAUUCUCGGAAAGGCACCUACUUUGGCGGCUGCGUCGUACCGAAUGCGACAGGGCCGACCCUUCAACCGCCCUGCACAAGGCUUGUCGUACACUGGAAACUUCCUGUAUCUGUUGGAUAACCUAUCUGAGCCAGAAUACCAACCUCAUCCUGUUCUUGCAAAGGCCUUGGACAAGCUCUUCAUUCUCCACGCCGACCACGAAGUCAACUGCUCUACGGCCACAGUCUUGCAAGUUGGAAGUUCUCUGGUCGAUCCUUAUAGCGUUGUUGCUGCUGGAUGCGCGGCACUCUACGGUCCAUCUCACGGCGGAGCAUCCGAGUCAGCGAUCAGAAUGCUUAUUGAGAUUGGAUCCCCCGAGAAUGUCCCUGCAUUCAUGCAAGCAGUUGAGAGAAGGGAGCGAGUCCUCGUAGGCUUCGGCCAUCGCGUCUACAAAAACGUUGAUCCCCGCUCAACAGCCAUCCGCAAGCUCGCCGAAGAAGUCUUCGAAGUCACCGGCAGAAACAAGCUCCUCGACACAGCCCUGACGCUAGCCGACUACGCCCGCAAGAGUGAGUUCAUGCGCAGCAGGAACUUGUACCCCAACGUGGACUUUUACUCUGGACUGAUCUACCAGGCCAUGGGAUUCCCGCUUGACUUCUAUCCUGUUCUGUUCGCUGUUCCGCGAUGUGUAGGAUGGUUGGCACACUGGAGACAGAUGAUGCUGAACAAGUCGGGCGUCAAGAUCUGGAGACCGAGACAGCUUUAUGUUGGAGAGGGGGAGAGGGAGUAUGUUGAUACCAAGGACCGAAAGGAAAAGCCUGAUGCUACUGUUUUUGAUGCUCCUGUCAAGGUUGAACAUGGAGGUGAGAAGCAGCGUGCUCUACUUGCUGCUAGUGCAGGGCUGAAGAACGAAAGGACGUUGUUCCAGAGUGGUUACUAUUUAGCAAGGUUUUUAGGAUGGAUAUCUAAUAUUUUCCAUGGCAUGACCAAUCGGUCAAGGCAUUCAUUCACUGUACUCAAUCAUGAAACAAAAAUCAUACUUGGAAGGUAUCUUGACGAGGUUAAUACCUUUGCAACUAUGACCCUCACGUAUGAAUUGGUAACUAUGUGUAGCUACAAGUACCAAGUUUACAGCUUGAGUGGUUCCCAGAAGCUGGAACAAUAG